AUGGCAAUUGUAACAGCUGCUCAUCUGGCUUGCACUUUCGGCAUUCUUGGAAAUAUUAUGUCCUUCUUGGUGUACUUGGCACCGGUGCCUACAUUUUACAAGAUCUAUAAGAGAAAAUCGACAGAAGAAUUUCAGUCCAUUCCCUAUUCAGUUGCCUUAUUCAGUUCGAUGUUGUAUCUGUAUUAUGCCUUUCUGAAGAAGAAUGUGAUCAUGCUUAUAACCAUCAACAGUGUUGGAUGUGUCUUUGAAGUUGUUUUUCUGACCAUCUUCAUGGUUUACGCAACUCAUCAAUCAAAGAUUUUUACCACAAAGCUUCUCAUCCUAUUCAAUAUAGGAACACUGGGAUUGAUCAUUGGAUGCACAUAUUUUCUAUCAGAAGGGCAUAAGAGAGUGAAUAUUGUUGGAUGGAUCUGUUCAGCCUUUUCUGUCUGUGUUUUCGGUGCUCCUCUUAGUAUUAUGAGGCAAGUGAUAAAGACAAAAAGUGUUGAAUACAUGCCACUUUCUCUCUCGGUAUUUCUCACACUAUGUGCUAUCGUAUGGUUCUUCUAUGGUCUUUUCAUCAAGGAUUACUACAUAGCUGCUCCAAAUGUUGUUGGAUUUGUAUUGGGAAUAUCGCAGACAAUUUUGUAUGCUAUAUACAGGAAGAGAAAGCAACUAAUAAUUCUACCUGAAAUUAAGUUGCAUGAUAUAGCAACUGUCGAAGACCGAAAAUCACAAGAUCGCAUGCAGAAUCCAUCAAAGGUGGAGAUUGCAGAAAUGGUAGAUCACUGUCAAGGACAGGCCCGCAGAGGAACAGACUUUGAAGAUAGCAUCAUAGAAUAUGGUGCAGAAAUUGAGACCACUGUGAUCAUGGUCACAACUCACAUGUAG